UCAAGGCUGAGCCUGCUGGAAUCACAGCCUCCUCUGUGCCCGGAGAAGAACAAUGGAUAACAUUUGCUUCUUUUUUUUUUUAAAUACAAAGCAAUUUGGUGGGCAUAUUAUGACAAGGCUAUAGGACAAAUAUCAACUCCUACACAAGCCUGUGUCUUCUUUGUCCAAUUAUUUUCUCCAGAGCAGAAUCCUUGAAUUGGAGAUUCAGAAAAGAGAACAAAAAGGGGGCUUCAAGCUCACAUUGGGCGGAGGAACAAAGAGAGGUAUAAACAAACUCAAGGAAAGGAGGUUUCAAGUGCAGUGGAUUGUUUACUUCUGAGGAUGUGAUGACCGAGCCUACAUCUGUCUGCCUCCCAGCACAUGCACCUCAUGAGCAAAUCCCCUUAGCUGCCUGCAGGAGCAGAAACACAGCGUGCUUCAAAGUGCUGAGGGUGAUGUGGUGGCAGCAAAAGGGGGGCCGUUUUCAUCUAGCCUGAAGAAAUUAUGCAUUUUCUCCACUGUUCUUCUCUCUCCUCUUCGCACGGGCACGUCUGAAAGGUCUCUCUUUAUUUUCCCGCUUUCAGCUGGAACGAAAUGAGGAUGGAAUGAGCAUCUCUCUACAACUUCAAAGAUUUUUCUCUCCCUCAGCAUCUCUGCUCAUUCACUGGCUCCUCAGCCACAGACAUGCCCCCUCACCGCUGCACUUCUUUCCCCGCCGUUGUUCAUAUUGUCCCUUUCCAUUUCAGAAAUAUGUUCCAUUCUUUACUAAGCCUAAGGGCACACAGAACUCAGUGCACACAUAGCGCGCACUCUCUCUCCUAAUUGCCAUCCCUAUCUCACAGCCCUCUCCUCUGAGCACUUAUUCUCUCACCAUCCUCACUCGUAUCCCUCCCGUCCUGUCAGCAUGCACGCUUCUGAGGAGCUGUGGAACUCCACGGACCGCGUCUGGCUCAACGGCUCUCGGGUGAACGUAUCUCUGGAAAGACAUGGGGACAGUGAUGAGGAGGAUGAAGGGGAUCAGCACCCCUUCCUCACUGACGCCUGGCUGGUCCCCCUUUUCUUCUCACUCAUCAUGCUGGUGGGACUUGUCGGCAACUCUCUGGUUAUCUAUGUCAUUUCCAAACACAGGCAGAUGAGGACAGCGACUAAUUUCUACAUAGCAAACCUGGCGGCCACUGACAUCAUCUUCUUGGUGUGCUGCGUCCCCUUCACUGCCACCCUCUAUCCACUUCCGGGAUGGAUCUUCGGGAACUUCAUGUGCAAAUUUGUCGCCUUUCUACAGCAGGUGACUGUCCAAGCUACUUGCAUAACUCUGACUGCUAUGAGUGGAGACCGCUGUUAUGUGACAGUGUAUCCUCUGAAAUCCCUCCGUCACCGCACACCGAGAGUAGCCAUGAUUGUCAGCCUCUGCAUUUGGAUUGGCUCCUUCAUCCUGUCCACCCCGAUUUUAAUGUACCAGCGUAUAGAGGACGGAUACUGGUAUGGUCCAAGACAAUACUGCAUGGAGAGAUUUCCCUCAAAAACUCAUGAGCAGGCUUUCAUCCUCUACCAGUUUAUUGCUGCGUACCUGCUGCCUGUCCUCACUAUCUCCUUCUGCUACACCCUGAUGGUCAAGAGGGUCGGACAGCCCACUGUGGAACCUGUAGACAACAACUAUCAGGUCAACCUUCUUUCUGAGAGAACUAUAAGUAUCCGAAGCAAAGUCUCCAAGAUGGUGGUUGUGAUUGUCCUUCUCUUCACAAUCUGCUGGGGACCCAUCCAGAUCUUCGUCCUCUUCCAGUCCUUCCAUCCAAACUACCGGCCAAACUACGUCACGUAUAAAAUCAAGACAUGGGCCAAUUGCAUGUCCUACGCCAACUCAUCAGUCAAUCCCAUUGUUUAUGGCUUCAUGGGGGCCAGCUUCCAAAAGUCCUUCAGGAAAACCUUUCCCUUCCUGUUCAAACACAAAGUCAGAGACAGCAGCAUGGCUUCAAGGACUGCCAACGCUGAGAUCAAGUUUGUUGCGGCAGAGGAAGGCAACAAUAAUAACGGAGUGAAUUGAAAAUGACAAAUUCAAAAAAAAGGAGAAGAAUUCAAUAAUUCCUUUUUGUGCAGAGCAGUCACUGCUGGAAGACAAUUGAUGAGUAUCAGCCUUGGACUCAUUCAUCUUAAAAAAAAAGCAACCGGCAGAUUUAAAAAGGAAUAUCGCCGAGAUGUUUGGCAGACACAUUUUAUUUAUGUUAAUAAAGACACCAAUGUGGGGAAACACCAUCCG